AUUAUCGGAUUGAUAAAUGAUUUGUAAAAUUAUAAAUAACUGGUAAUUCGAAUGUUAAUGAAUAGUCUGAUUCGGGCGACGGGAGAAAUGAACGUAAAAUACGGAAUACUUUUUGUGGCGCUCUUUGCGGCUGCCUGGGCCCUCCCCAAGCCUGAAGAUGACAUGUCCAUCUUCUAUGAGCAUGUGGACCGGAACGCUCGUAUUGUGGGGGGUAGCCAGGCAGCUCAGGGCAGCCACCCCCACAUGGUAGCGAUGACUAAUGGUAUCUUCAUCAGGAGCUUUGUCUGCGGAGGCUCAGUGCUCACCGCACGCACGGUGCUCACCGCUGCUCAUUGCAUUGCCGCUGUAUUCAUAUUUGGAAGUCUCUCUGGAAAUCUUCGUCUGACAGUCGGUACAAACCAAUGGAACUCUGGUGGUACCCUCCACGCUGUCUCCAGAAACAUCACCCACCCUAACUACGUGUCCAAUACUAUCAAGAACGACUUGGGUAUUCUCAUAACUUCCUCGAACAUCGUCUUCAACGACCGCGUCAGGCCUAUCUCUUUGAGUUUUGACUACGUACCUGGAGGCGUCCCUGUCAGGGUUGCUGGAUGGGGAAGAGUUAGGGCUAACGGUGCUCUCUCCACGAAUCUUCUGGAGAUCAAUGUGAGAACCAUUGAUGCUCAGACUUGCGUGAGGACUGCGGCCCAGGCGGCCAUUGAUCUUAACAUGAGGGCUCCUCCUGUCGAACCUCACAUCGAGCUCUGCACAUUCCACGCAGAAGGAACUGGUACUUGCAAUGGUGACAGUGGCAGCGCAUUGGCUCGGACCGACAGCGGUCUCCAAGUCGGCAUCGUGUCGUGGGGCUUCCCUUGCGCGCUGGGAGCUCCUGACAUGUUCGUCAGAGUCAGCGCCUUCCGGUCCUGGCUGCAACAAAACAUAGCUAAUUAAACUAUACUUAAAUCAAGAUUACCCUGAGCUUUUGUAAAUAAACAAAAACCAACAAAGUUUAACGCCUUCUAUUCUGUUUUAUUUGGAGCGAAGUUCCUUAUGGGACGAUGCGGAGGGGUACCCUAGCCGGGAAAAAACGUCCGUAACGUAAGAUUUUUAUUAGUAAUGCACACAGUGUACGACUUAACUUUGUAAUAACGUACAAAAAUAUUUUUUUUUUUAUUAUAUAUUUUUUAUAAAUCAUUGUGUCAAAUCAAUCAUAAAAUAAAGUUGAUAACUAUGUAAA